AUGGCCAAUUCCGAGGCGUACGCAAUCUUCUACCCCGAAGCAGAUGGAUAUCUCUUCUGCAGUUCUCUAUUUGCCGGUACUGAGAGAGCCACGUCGAUCGUGCGCUCUGUUGUCGACAACCAACUAUGUCCGCAAGAACAUCAAGCCCACGGCGGCGUCGUCUCAACACAAGAGAGGCAUCUGCUGUGCCGGAUCCUGGUGUGGCACGUCCUAGACCAGCUCCUCGAGGGAAUUGGGCACCUCCACCGCGGCAGCCCAUCCGCUUCCCACAACGACUUGCACCCAGCCAACUUCUACCUCCACUUCCCGACUCCGGAGAGCAGGCUCCCGGAAGUCUUCAUCGGAGACCUCGGCCUGUCGCGACCCGUCGAUGAGAGCGUGCUGGAGGUGAUCGGAAACCCUCCCAAGCGUCGAUUGAGAAAUCCCAACAGGGUUAGACAAGAGGAAGAACAGGCCCGGCGAGUGUAG